UUCAGUGCGAUCCACUAAUGAGCCCUAGAAACAAGACUAUAGCUCGGCUAAGUCUCCAGUACUGCUUGCUUGCCGCCUAGUAUUUUCUUUUCGACAUUUUUUGGGCUCCGACUUUCUUUCCAUCUGGUUUCCUCAACCAAAAAAGUUCAUUGGAUAAUGCUCAACGAGUCCAAGAUCCAAUCCCAAGACAUCUAAUUCUGGUUCUGAUCCAGAUCUAGAUCUUGAAAUAAAUUAGGAACCUUGACUACUUUGGAGACAAACAUACUGCCUCCUUUGCUGGGCCUAGUUUGGGUACCCGAUCUGUCGAAACAAAUAGAGGUGCCUCGGGAAAGUCAGAUACGGUACAUAUAAUUGCGCCCACCAAAAUCUUACCUGUCUACUCAUAACAGCAACAGCCAACACCCAUCGAUGUCGGGCCCUCCCUCCCGCCUGAAGGCGGUCCUCGGCCACCUCGGCCUAGCCAAUGCAGGGGCGGAAGCCACGCAAGGCACUGGGCGACCGAACCACCUGCACGCGCUUUCGCCAACCCUCUUCCUUCAACGUGCCGCCGCCAUCGAGCCAGAGGCCGAGGCCGUCGUGCACGUGACCGCCAACGGACGCACCCUACGCCGAUCCUACGCUGAGCUGGCGGAUCGCGCGCGUGGGUUGGCCUACUAUCUCGCUAAGAAGGGCUUCUUCCGCGUCGGCAUCCUGGCCCCCAACACCCCGGCCUUCCUCGAGAGCAUCUAUGGCGUCAAUGCCUCCGGCGGCGUUAUCGUGCCGGUCAACUAUCGGUUGAAGCAGGAGGAUAUUGCUUACAUCUUUGAAUUUGCAAACGUGGACGCCAUAAUCGUCGAUGCUGAGUUUGUCGGGCUGUUGGAACUUUACCAAAAAGAUCACGUGAAUGUGCCGUUGAUCAUUGACACGGAUACGGACGCCACUGAAGGCGAGCUCAGUGGCCCUUUUGACGAGUGUAUUGCUCAGGGGCUGCAGCAUGACCGCGAGGCGGGAGGCAAGGGCUGGGACGGCUUGUGCCAGCAGCCCAAUGACGAGGAUGACAUUAUAGCCAUCCCCUUCACCUCAGGCACCACGUCAAAACCCAAGGGCGUCGAAUACACACAUCGUGGCGCAUAUCUUGCUGCCCUUGCCAACAUUGUCGAGUCUGGGCUGAAUUAUAAUGUUGGGAGAUGUAAAUACCUGUGGACGCUUCCCAUGUUCCACGCCGUCGGUUGGACGUUUCCAUGGGCUGUAACAGCCGUGCGAGGCACGCACGUCUGCCUCCGCAAGAUCGACUACCCCUUGAUCUGGCGCCUGCUGACCGGGGAGCGUGUGACGCACUUCAACGCCGCCCCGACCGUCUGCACGCUGCUCUGCGCCGCCGACGAGGCCCAGCGGCUGCCCGACCCACCGGUGCGCGUGACGGUUGCCGCGUCGCCGCCGACGGCGCACCUAUUCCGGCAGAUGACGGAGCUGAACCUCUCGCCCGUCCACGUCUACGGAAUGACCGAGACGUACGGGCCCAUCACAAAGGGCUACCACAUGCCGGCGUGGGAGACGCUGCCCGAGGCCGACAAGUUCGCCCGCAUGGCCCGCCAGGGCCACGGCUUCCUCACCAGCCUUCCCAUCAGGAUCGUGAAGCCUGAAGAAGCCGAGAAUGGCGUGCUGAUCGACGUCGCCAAGGACGGCGUCGAGAUUGGCGAGAUUGUCUUCGCCGGCAACAUCUGCGCAAAGGGCUACUACAACGACCCCGAGGCCACAAAAAAGAUGUUUGCCGGUGGCGUGCUUCACUCUGGCGACCUGGCCGUGUGGCAUCCGGACGGAAGCGCGCAGAUCCUGGAUAGGCAAAAGGACAUAAUCAUCUCCGGAGGUGAGAACAUAUCCUCGGUCGCCCUGGAGAGCAUGUUAGUCCAGCAUCCGGACGUCCUCGAGGCCGGCGUGGUGGCCGUCCCCGACUCACAUUGGGGCGAAAGGCCCAAGGCUUACGUGACGGUCAGGAGGAGCAAGGAAGCAGGCAUGGAGCCAUUGACGGGGCAGGGGCUCAUAGACUGGGCCAAGCACCAGAGUGCCAUAUCAAAGUUCAUGAUCCCCAGGGAGGUUGAGAUCGUCGACGAGCUGCCCAAGACGAGCACCGGCAAGAUCAAGAAGAACGAGCUGAGGGAGUGGGCCAAGCAUGGAAAGAGUAGCCUAGAAUAAACCCCCCUAAAAGGGAUGAACGUCUUUGACCAAGACAUUUCUCCAUGUCCUAGGCUGCGAGACUUGCAAAACAUGUGUCUUGUGUUUUUGUCAAUUGACGUGAACAACGGCAUUUUUUGGAAAGUUGCAGGCUGUGUCGAUGUCUUAUAACAGUCACUGAUCUAGAGUAAACGAACAUCAUAGAUGACGAGAAGAUAUGACUUUAAAUUGAAAGCCAUUAAAAAAAACCAG